CACAUACUGUACCUGCAGAGUUAUUUGAUCUGAUACGGAAAGCAUUCACUAUGUAUUGCACAGUACGCAAGGUGCUGUGGCUUUCGCGUUUAAGAAACUAUUAAACGAUGACGAAAUAAGCAGCAAAUUGUAAAAAGCUGUUAAUAGUGCUACUAAAUGAAAGACGCAAGCAUCUCUACCCACUGCACACAGAUGCGAAUGGUCUGGCUUGAAUUCCAGCCCUGGACGCGGUGUUAUGAUUCAACCAAUUUACAGCACUUGCAUCCAUUGCACGACUGACCCCGAGAAAACUGACGCAGAGCCUUCUGUGAACUUCCCGGAUACUGCAGCCGUGAUGCCUGUCCAGGACGACACACUGUUGCACCGUUCCAGUUCCAGCUCCUCAUCGGGAAACGGUCCGGUGGCGCCAGCACGACCUCGCAAGCUGCUUAAGCAGACAUCGCCGCUCUCCGUCAAAGCGUCCUCUUCUUUCUACUUUACACCGCAAACCACCGCCGAUACCGUUCCUUUAAAUCAUGAGAAUUUUCCCUCGCCGGGUGAGAUAACGGGGCAGAAUAUGCAGUCGGUCCGCGGUGACCGAUCCGGAUCCACGCUGGUAUACGGUGAGAAAUUCCAUGAACUGAGCACGGCCGAUCUGGUGGUGGUGAUCGAUGCACAGCAGGCCCUGCUCGACAAACUCAACACGGAGAACCGUGAUCUGUCGUCUAAAUCGCGGAUGCUGGAGAGGGAGCUGUCGCUCGUUACGGAGGAGAACAAUCAAAUGCGAUCGGUGGUCAGUCUGCGGUCGGCGCAGUCCAACAUGGACUACCUUCUGCAGACUGUCGGAACCAUUGAAAAUGUCCCGCCGACCAAUGGUUCGGCCAGUACAGUGAAAUCUGUACAGAAUGCCUUAGCAUCGCAGGUCCAAGCGCUGGAAGCCGAACUAACCGCCAAAGAGCAAGAACGACAACGCCUGGCCGAUGAAAUCACCUUUAUUCGACAACAGCUGCAAGAUAAAAUUUCGGCUGUGGAUGAGCUGCAGGAAAAGCUCCAGAAAGCCCCGACAACCUCCACAACAUCCGUAUCGGAUAUGGAAGGUUUAGUGGACACUUUGUCCAGUAAUAUUAAGACACUCAAGCUGCGUGAAGCAAACCUUUUGACGGAAAUUGCUGUGGUCAAAGAACAACUUGGACAGAUCCAUGCGGAGAAUACCAUUUUAAAAGACGUUGUACAUCGUCAGGAAAUUCAGAGUAGCAUGACGAAAACGCAGCUGGAAAGCGAAAUGCUUUCGUUGCAGAGAAAAUAUCGGUCCGAGAAUGAGCGGCUGGUCAGUGAGUCACGUGAUAAUGCAGACGCGGUACAAUUGCGCCAGAAAGAUUUGGAUGAGCAGUUGCAGGCUAUUCAAAUGAAGCUCACUGAAGAGCGGUUACGCCGGGAAAAGGUUGAAGCAGAAGUGCAUCUAGCAAAGAUCCGCUCAGGCAACGUAGACGAUAUUGUGGCGGAGAGCGUACAGCAGCUCCAGUCGGAAAUGGCGCAGUUGCGUGCAGCGGCCAGUGCGGCCGAGGAGCGCUCAUCCAUCCAGCAUCAACAUGACGAAUGCGAACGCCAACACUACAUGACGAAGUGGAAAAACAACGAAGACCAAUUGUUAAAAUUAAAGCAUGAGCUGGAGCUGGCACGGACAGCCUCGGCGGCCGUUGGGCAGGAAAACGCCCAGCUCUUAAUGCAACUGGCUGACGUUGAUCGGCAGGUUGAGCACAGUGCAGCCGUCAGUAAUCAUCGUCCAUUAUCGGCUGAUGCCGAAAUUGAUGUCUUAAAGAGCCGCAUUGAGCAGCGUGAGAAGGAACUGCAACAGCUGCGCCAACACACGGCCGCGGCCGACGAACAAUUGCAGGACUUGUGGCAGCGUCAGACCCAGCUGAUUGAGAAAUUCAAAGAUGAAUGUGCCGGGUUGGCCGGACAAUUGGACAGUGUACGCGGGGUACAGGAGAAAGAGCGGUUGGAGAAUAGUGUGUUUCAUGUAGAUGUCAGCCAUAAAUACGGCAGUGCGGUGGAGCUCAAUCGGCAGUUGUUAGCCGAGUGUCAGAGCCUGGCCGCCCAAUUGUUGGCUAUACAGUCCACCCACAAAAUUAGUCGAGAGGAGUAGUGAACGUGACCUUCGAAAAUUAUUUGCCAGUGCUAGCUAGCGCUGUACUGCCUACAUCUUUCAUGCUUGUAAUCACUUAAUUAAUCUUCUUUAUUGUUUUUUAUUUGAAGCAAAUGCAACUUGAA